AUGUCUCAGACCCUGACACCCGAAGUGACAUGGGCCCAGCGCUCUUCCGACGAUGAGCCUGAGCGCAACUACCUUUACGUCAACAUCAAGACCCCCGAUGUUCCCAAGUCCGAAGCUACUCUUAACAUCACCGAAAAGAAUGUUACCUUCAAGGGCCCUUCCAAGAAGGGUGUUACAUACAGUGUCUCCCUGGACCUCUUCGCCGAGAUUGACCCCGAGAACAGCAAGGUCAACCACACUGAUCGCGAGGUCGAGCUCGUCCUCCGCAAGAAGGACCUUAAGCUUGAGUUCUGGCCCCGCCUGCUUGAGAGCAAGCAGAAGAUGCACUUCCUGAAGACCGACUUCGACAAGUGGGUGGAUGAGGACGAGCAAGAUGAGGCUGGUGAGGACGACUACGCCAACAACUUCGGCGGCUUCGGUGGUGAGGGCGGUGACCCCAACGCCGGCGCCGGCGGCCUCGGCAACAUCGACUUCUCCAAGCUCGGUGGCAUGCCCGGCAUGGGCGGCGGUGCUGGCGGCAUGCCUGACCUGAGUGCCCUUGCUGGUAUGGCAGGCGGUAUGCCCGGCGCCGAGGGCGCCGAGGGUGCCGAUGACGAUGAGGAUCUCCCCGAGCUCGAGGAAGCCGAUGGUCAGAAGUCGACCAAGAUCCAGGAGGUUUCCUAA